CCACGUUCUUUGUGGUUGUCCGUUGACCAUGGAAUUUGGUCAGUAUCGUGCAUCGUAUCUGAUCCAAUCACCUGCAAAGUCCAACUGAGACGCACCAACGAACCCAAAUCUGAGAUCCAGCCACACAAGCUUGCUUUCAUCUGGGUGGUUCUAAUUCACCUUUGCCUACCGAUUGUCUGCUAAUGGCGAAGAAAAGGCAAAGACAGCUGGUGGAAAAUCCCCCGCACAAGAAAAGUACUCCGAGUGGUGGUCUUGUUGACGCUUCAAACUCAGACAACGAUCUGGAUCUGCAGGAUAGUUGGGUGAUUGUCAAAAGGCAGAGAGUCAACAUUUUAGUACCUGGACUUCCUGUUGCUAAUAAAUCACCACUCCCAAGCCCAGAACCAAGUCAGCUGCAACAACUCGUGGCUAGAGAAACAGUAGAAAGUGGACCACAGCUUCCUGCCGAUACACAUCCCAAAACGACUUUAGUUCAUGAGAAAAAGAAGAUUAAACCUGUUGCCCCUAAAAGGGCUGUGCAACUUGCUAAGAAAGCUUCUCCUGCUGCUGAAUACGUUCCAACCGUUUCCCAGUCAAUGAGGCGAGAAUUAAGCACAAAAUCACGGACCCCAGAUCAGAUGGCUACUUCACAGUAUCAGAGAGCACUAGGAGUAACUAUGACCUCGAAAGCCAUCAUGCAGCAAAGAAGAUUACAACAUGUUUUCCUGGAUCAGGGAAUGUUGCUGAAUGAAAGGCUGAGAGCUCGGAAUAUUGAGAGGAAGAUUCAGAAUGCUGGUGGGUUAAGCAGGUGGUUAGCAUCAUUGGGACUGGGGCAGUUUGUUAGAAUUUUUCAGAGGAAAGGUUUCAGUAAAUUUCAGUUGGUGAAUUUGAACAUGAAAAAGCUCAAAGAUAUGGGUGCAAAUGCAGUCGGGCCAAGAAGGAAAUUGAUGCAUGCUAUAGACUGCUUUUGCCAACCAUCCUAUUAUUAAGCAUUCAAAAUUCAUUUACCUGAAUGUACAAGCUGAUCAGACAAGCACAGGAGAAAAAUCCCCUUCAAGCUGUUGGUCCAAGUUGUGUACAGUUUUUGGAUUUGUGUAUUUUUAUCAAAAGAAAAUGUCAACAAUGUGCACCGGCCAGCAGUUUCUACUUUGUAAAAUUUCUUGGAUCAAACGGUUGAAUAUCAAAGGUACAGGCCUCUACAGAGCAGAAUGGCAAAAGAGGUUCAGGUACAUGAUUACUACUUUUAUGGAUAAACCUCUAUCCACAAUAAUCGGGUAUUGAGAAUGCUACAUGAAGUGGGGUUUAUGAAAACUUGUGUAUUGCCAAAUAGAUCAUACAAUUCAGUACAUUCAGUAAAUUAGAACUAGAAGAAAUGUGUUCGAAGUGUCAGCUUAAGUGAAGUAAUUUCGUUUUCUCGUACCUUCAUUCUUUUCCAAUCUUCCUGUUAACAUCUGUUAUAAUAAUACAGAAUAUCAACGGUAUAUAUUCUUUUCCGAUAGCAGUAAAUAAACCUUUAUA